AAGGUGACAGGUGUGGAGGAAGAGCAGCCGUAUCCUCAUCAUCCUCACAGAUUUGAUUCCUGUCCUCAGCUGCUGUGCAGAAAUGAUCUGAGUGGUCGAUGUUACUGGGAGGUCGAGUGGAGCGGAGAUGUUUCUAUAUCAGUGAGUUACAGAGGAAUCAGCAGGAAAGGAAACACUGAGAAGUGUAGGUUUGGAAGGAAUCAUCAGUCCUGGAGUCUGGAGUGCUGGAAAGGAGGUUACUCUGUCUGGCACAAUGACAGAAGAACAUCCUCUUCCUCCUCCUCCUCCUCCUCCUCCUCCUCCUCCUCCUCCUCCUCCUCCUCCCCCCCCUCUGGUAGAGUAGCAGUGUAUGUGGACUGUCCUGCUGGCUCUCUGUCCUUCUUCAGAGUCUCCUCUGACUCUCUGAUCCUCCUCUACACCUUCAACACCACAUUCACUCAACCUCUAUGUGCUGGAUUUAGACUCUCCUCUGGUUCUUCAGUGAGUCUGUGUCCUCUGUAGGAAGGACAUCUCUGUCUCUGACAGCAGGGAGGAGGAGGAGCCUGUCAGAAGGUGGGAGGCGCCACCAGCGAGUGAAAACUGAGCUUCACACAACAACAAGCAGCUCCUGGUCACAGCACUGGGACGCUACACCCCCUGGUGGCCGCUAAUGGUCUCUGCAACAGUGUUUCAGACUGGAUCCACGAGUGAGAGUUUCUGCUUCCUCUGGAACAGUUUUCAUUAAACUUCACUUAAAAGUCAAAGAUCAAGAUGCAGUUUCACUGUUCAAUAUUUUGGACAUGAAAAAAAUAAAAUGGCUUCACUCGUGUGUUUCAAAGCUUUAAGAAUAUUUAUAUAAACUUGGGGUUAAUUUUUCUAUACACACAUUUUUCAACUUGUACAACAACUUAUGUCAAAGACACCUCGUGUUUACUAUGAAAAACAAUAAAACACCUAACUUUUUCAGAAAACUUUUUCAGAAACAUAAUUCUCUGAAACACAUGUCAAAUAAACACUGUGAAAAAGGUUUUGAUUCUGUUCAAGAGUGAUAACACUGGGGAAAAAAUCCACAACACCUGAUGUCAGAAGCCUUCAGACAAUCUACAGACAGACAUCAACAAUGACAUAUCUUCCAUAAGACACGUGCUGCAUAACCAAGUGUGCACUUCUCCAGUCCCUCCUUGGAGAAAAACUUUUUAAGCGCAACACAACUGCCCGGACGGGGAUUUCCGGUUCCGGGUCGGACAUGGCAGCAGUGUAACAGCGCGGCUCCCCCGAUAAAAGUUGAAAAUACGCCCCAGAAACCACAAGCCGGAGGUAAAUGAAACGCAGAGAUUGAAGAUAAAAACAGGGGCACGGAUCAUGUUAAGAAGUAGAACCAGAAGGCUGGCUGGAAAUACUAAGAAACGUGGAAAGACGAAUGACGAGAGAGCUAAGCUAACAGCUGAGUUAGCGUUCUCUGAGCCGGAGGACACAGAGGAGCUAAUGGAGCUAACACCGGAAACUUCGCAAGUAUACGGAAAAAUGUCAGACUUGAAAGUUGUCCUGCAGGAAAUACGAGAGUUCAGACGUGAGACAGCAGAUGGUAUUAACGGCAUACGGGAAGAUUUAAGGGUGGCAAACAGCAGAAUCGACGAGGCAGAAAGGCGACUUGGGGAGACAGAGGAGCGUGUCCAGAGCGUUGAAGAGGUUACAUGCGAGCUCAUAAAACAUCAGAGAAAGUUGGAAGAAAAGUUGAUUGAUCAAGAAGGGAGGGCCAGAAGAGACAACAUUCGUCUUCAUGGCAUCAAAGAGGGAGCCGAGAGUGGAGCAGCGUCGAUGUGUGCUUUUGUGGAAACAUUGCUCCAAGAGAAGCUGGAGCUGCCUGCUGCAUUUGAGCUAAGGGUGGAGCGAGCUCACCGGGCGCUCGGCCCUCGUCCCCCUGACGGUGCGCCACCAAGAUCGAUUGUCGCCAAAUUCUCAAGUUAUAAAUGCAAAGAGGAAGUUGUCAAGAAAGCUUGGGAGAAGAAAGGUUUUCUCUUUGAAGAAAAACGAGUGUAUGUCGAUCACGACUAUGCACCUGCAGUGAUGAAAAUGAGAAAGGAAUAUAAUGAAGUGAAGAAAAUACUCAAGGAGAGCAAGAUCAAAUUCCAGACACCGUUUCCUGCGAAGCUCCGGGUUUACUAUGAAGGAGAGACGUGCCUUUAUGAGUCUGCAGCAGAGGCGACCAGAGACAUGGCUAACAGAGGAUUUCAGGUGCAUGUCAUCAGUCCAGUGGAGGACCCACUGGAGAAGAUACAACGUCGGAUGUGGCAAUCUACUCAGCACACAAACAGACAGGAGCGAAGGAAAUCAUCUGCGCUGGGCUACAAAGAGAGACUGCAGGCCUUCAGAAGACCUACGGAGGGGACACAAGAUGUAUAAGGUACCUCACACCUGCAAGAAACAAAAUAAAACAAAAUAAACAAUAAAUAACAGUAGCUCCUCUGGGAAUAAGACUCUCCCUGCUAAGAAAUUCACUGUAAGUUCAAAAAACAAGAAGACAAAGGGGGAAAAAAAAAAAAAAAAAAAAAAAA